AUGGAACAAUUUCAAUCAUUACAGACCCCCUACAAAUCAAAAAUGCCACUUGAGAUCAUUUUAAACAAUAGACGAAAAGAAGAAAUACCAGAGAAAUUAGAACAGAAAUUAAGAGCAAAAAAUUACACUCCACCCUAG